UAAACUUGAAGGACACACACAAGAAGCAGAAAAUCAAGGAGCCAUGUACGCGACCAAGCCGCUCUCUCUCUUCAUGAGCCACCCGGAGGCGGCUUCCCGGCCGCCGCCCGACGGCCGGAACUCGGGCUACCUCGUCGUCAAGGGCAACGACGACGGGGACGACGACGAGACGUGCUGCUGGGGGCAGUGCGGCGGGACGCGCGUGCGCGACCUCCCGUUCCCGCAGGACCGCGUGCUCACGCUCCGGUACACGGAGCACCACGGGCAGAGCAGCACCACCUACACCGACUCCGUCGUCUUCGUGCCCGUCCCCGACCAGCCCGUCGCUUCCAACCGCUACUACGCCGUCGUCGCCUCGGGCAAGCGCAAGGGGCUCGUCCGGACCUGCUCCCGCGAGGAGGACAUGACCCCGUGCUGCUUCUGCCGCUGCAUCAACGACGUCAAGCCGCAGCCGUUCGACCCGGCCGACGUCUACCAGCAGAUCGAGAUCGUCCAGCGCCGCCGGGGCCGGUUCACGGCCAAGGCCGUCGCCGCCGACGGCUACCCAAACUACCUCUACCGCAAGAAGUAUUGGCGCGUGUACGCCUCCAAGCCCACCAAGAACCGGCUCGACCUCGGCGACGCGCUGGGCCUCAACGUGGCGCACCGCUCGCGCCAGCUCGCCGACGCGAGCCUCCUCGACGUCUCCCCCGCGGCGACGGCGGUGUCAACGGCUGUCGGGAAAUGGUACUGCCCGUUCUAUCUCAUCAAAGAAGACGGCGUCUCCCCGUCCGAGCAGAUGGACCGCGCCGCCUUCUACGAGGGGGCGCUCGAGCAGCACUGGGAGCCGGUCCACGACACCCACGGCGGCUCUAAGCUGUACAGCAGGAAGGUGCUCAUCGGCGGGAGCCUGGAGGCGACGCAGGAGGUGUCCAGCGGCGCCCCGCGGCACGGUGACGGGUACGUGUGGUUCAGAGCCGCGGCCGGGCAGAGCGUGGGGGUGUGCGCGAGCGUGUGGGAGAGGAUGCGGUGGGAGGAGUACAGGGGCGGGUGGGUCGACGAGGAGGAGGAGGCCGAGAAGGUGGCCGGCCGGUCGGUGCUGGUGGAGAGGUUCGUCGUCAAAAGGAUGGACAGGACCGUCGUGGUGGCCUUUGACUUUGUGCACCUCAACAAGGUCAGGGGGAAGCAGGCGUGAGAACUCACUGCAGAGUGUACACCCAUCACAGAAUCUUCCGUUAAGUAUUGUGGUAUAACCCACCCGCAAAAAAAAAGGUAUUGUGGUAUAGCUUGGUAAAUAAAAUUGUGAGAUGCUAGUGAUAAGGGAUUAAGGAUUUUGCUGCUCGUCACAUUUCCUGCCUCCUUUUGUUGGAGAAUUAUUUGUAUUUGUAUGUAAAUUAAGAUUUUUGUACCUAUUUAUUACAACAUAAUUUGAGCAAUGCUUCACCAA